GCAUCAACCUGGAGGCCACCAGACUUUAACUGGACAGCUUCAAACAUCCCUCUUGGCAGCUCUGCCCUCUGUGGGUAUGUCUGUUGGGCUACACCUUCUGUAGCCAUGGCUUUUACCAGCUGCAGGACUUGGUUGUUAGAGACUUCACUGCUAACAACAUUUUUGAAGGAACAACUGUCACCAUGGAUCUGCAUGAAGCCAUUCAGGACAAGCAGAGAGAUAGGAUUAGAAAGGGACCAUCACUCCUGUCCACAGUGGAAUUCCCACUGGCAGAUCAUCUUGAUGCAGUGUGCAACAUCAACUCUGACAAAACAAGGAGGCCGUUUUGCACUCUGGUUUCCUUGUAAGAUACCAAAGCACUCGUUGAUGUUGUUGGACUACUUUCUUGUUACUUCUGGUAUCCACUUGGAAAUUGGCCAUUCUCUCAAGCCAUUGAGACUAAUUAGCAGAGUGCCAAGUUUGAAAUUGUUGUCGUCCAUAAUCGUCGACAUCCUGCCCAUGCUUGGACAUGUCUUCCUCUUGUUGAUGCAUGUGAUCCACAUUUUUGGUGUCAAGGGAGUCAACCUGUGGACCGGAAAACUGCGCAACCGCUGCUUCCUGGGAGAGGACAUUGUGACAAUGUACAACUUGUCCCUGAGUCCAUAUUUUGAUCAAGGAGCUCCCUUCGUCUUUUCACGUCACAGCUCGACUGGGGAGCGCCACUGCAAAGAUGUUCCCCCUUACCGGGAGCAUGGGAAUAUCUGCACGCUGGCUGCUCCUCACCAGGAUAAACCUGGUGGGCUCAUUCAUUUUGAUGAACGUUGCUACUGUCGUCAUCGCCUCCCAUUUCUCAGAGGCCAUGAAAAAAGGAAGGAAAAAGGUGUAUGGGUCUGUGAUCAACUUCAAAGUCCGAUUCUACAAGGUCAUCAAGCUGCUGGCUCGAUUCGUAAAAAGUUUGAUUAGAUGGCCAUCCUGGACUGGCGAAGAGAACUGGGGAAAUAUGUCACUGCUUGAGUACUCACCUGGUCUGCUUGGGAAAAUUAAGCGAAUGGUGGAGGGCAGUUGCUUUCAAAAUACAAUCUGUUUUAAUUGUCCUUAAUGUUAUCGAAAUGGCUGUUGACCACCAUGAUCAGGAAAUGACAAGAGUAUUAGGAGUGUGUAACUUAAUGUUCACAGUGUUGUUCACAAUUGAGAUGAUCUUAAAUAUCCUGGCAUUCCAACUGCAGUACUUUGUAAAUCAAACAAACCUCUUCGACUUCACCAUGGUCAUCAUCAGGUUCCGCAUAUUGUGCCAGCGUGCUGUUUCACACCAGUACUUUGACAAUAUAGUUGUCGUCUUCAUUGUGCUGAGUUGCAUCACCAUCGCUAUGGAGAGGCAUCAUGUAUGAUGGACUGGAUGCUGUAGGAGUUGACCAGCAGCCCAUUAAGAACUACAACAAAUGGAUUCUGCUUUAUUUCCUCUCCUUCAUGAUGAUGAGCUUCGUCUUGUUGGACAUGUUCAUCGGUGUAAUGGUCCAGACCUUUCACCAAUGUCAGCUGAUCCAGACACAAGAGGAUGAAGAGUUGAGAAACGAAGAACGUCUGAGUGGAAGCCAGGGGAUUGAAGGGGAGUCACCUGAGAGCGAGCAAACGCCAUCUUUUGAAGGUUCCUGGAUGUGGCACCUUUUUAUAUAAGAUAUGUACCAGUAGAGCCCUGGAACUCUCAGUGACUGUCAUCGUUAUCAUCAAUGUUUUGCUGAUGGG